CUUUCUCAAAUACACUUAACUAUUGUAGCACCAUGAAGUUAGUGAAACUUUUUGCAUUAAUCUUCUUGUUUGGAUUUGCAUUCGCAAAUGGAACUACCUCUAAUAAUAGAAAGCAUUACAUAGUUUACAUGGGGGAUCACUCCUUCCAGGACUCAGAAUCAGUAAUUGCAGCAAACCAUGAGAUGCUUACCUCGGUAAUGGGAAGCUAUCAGGGAGCACAAGAUGCAGCAGUAAAUCAUUACACGAAAACUUUCAGAGGCUUCUCUGCAAUGCUAACAUCGGGUCAAGCAAACCAACUUGCAGAGAGUAAUAAAGUUGUGUCUGUAUUCGAGAGCAAGACAAGUCACAUCCAUACAACACAUUCAUGGGAGUUUUUGGGCAUAAACAACUUGGAACAGUAUCAUCAACAAUCAAGAAACUCAACAUCCAACGUUGUCAUUGGGGUUAUUGACUCAGGAGUUUGGCCUGAAUCCAAGAGCUUCAGUGAUUAUGGGCUAGGUCCUGUGCCAGCUAAAUUCAAAGGUGAAUGCACAACUGGGGAGAACUUCACAUUGUCAAAUUGCAACAGAAAGAUUGUGGGAGCUAGGUUUUACUAUGGAGGUUUUAUAGCAGAUUAUGGCCCUCUUGAAUCUUUCAACCAUACAUUUUUCGUAUCAGCUAGAGACAGUGAUGGGCACGGGACCCAUACCUCGUCCACUAUUGCUGGUUCAGUGGUUGCCAAUGUCAGCUUGUACGGAAUAGGGAGAGGCACCGCAAGAGGAGGUGCACCGGGAGCUAGACUUGCAAUCUACAAGGCUUGUUGGUUCAACCUCUGCAGUGAUGCAGACAUUCUCUCCGCUAUAGAUGAUGCAAUCAAUGAUGGUGUAGACGUUAUAUCAAUGUCUCUUGGACCAGAUCCACCCCAACCAAUCUACUUCAGUGAUGCAAUUUCCAUUGGAAGUUUCCACGCAUUUCAGAAAGGAGUGGUUGUUUCUGCAUCAGCUGGGAACAGCUUUCUCCCCAAAACUGCAAGCAAUGUUGCUCCUUGGAUCCUUACUGUGGCAGCAAGCACCAUGGAUCGUGACAUUCAAACUAAAAUAUACCUAGGAAAUUCACAAGUCAUCCAGGGUUUUAGUGUAAAUCCAACCGAGAUGAAGAGCUUCUACGGUUUAGUGACUGGGAGUGCUGCUGCAGCCCCUGGAAUUCCCUCAAGAAAUGCUAGCUUCUGUAAGAGCAAUACCUUAGAUCCUGCUUUGAUUAAGGGGAAGAUCGUUGUCUGCACACUCGAGGCAAUUCUUGAUAACCGUAAAGAAAAGGCUACUUCCAUAAAACAAGGUGGUGGUGUAGGUAUAAUACUUGUUGAUCCACUUGCCACAGAUGUUGCCAUUCAGUUUGUACUACCAGGUGCACUAAUUAGUCUUGAAGAAGCAGAAGAGCUUCAAGCAUAUAUGGCUUCACAAAAGAACCCAGUGGCUAGAAUAUCCCAGACAAAGGCAAUUUUGGCCACUAAACCAGCACCACAAAUGGCAAUGUUCUCAUCAAUGGGUCCUAACAUCAUCAGUCCUGAUGUGAUUAAACCGGAUAUAACAGCACCAGGUGUGAAUGUUCUAGCAGCAUGGUCUCCAUUGUCUACUGACAACACUGCUGGAAGAUCAAUUGACUACAACAUAGUCUCUGGCACUUCCAUGUCAUGUCCACAUGUUUCUGCAAUUGCUGCCAUUGUAAAAUCAUCUCAUCCUUCAUGGAGCCCUGCAGCCAUCAAAUCUGCAAUAAUGACAACAGCAACAAUUCAUGACAACACUAAAAAUUUCAUUAGAAGACAUCCGAAUGGCACUCAGACCUCACCGUUUGAUUAUGGAUCUGGACAUAUCAAUCCAGCGGCAGCAAUUGAUCCUGGAUUAGUUUAUGAUUUUGACACUAGCGACAUUAUUGAUUUCCUCUGCAGCACUGGUGCAACCCCUGCUCAGCUGAAAAACCUCACUGGUGAGGUCAUGUAUUGCAGGAAGAACCCUAAAUCAUCGUAUGAUUUUAACUAUCCGUCAAUUGGAGUCUCCAACUUGAGAGGAAGCAUAUCAGUGCAUAGAACAGUUACAUAUUAUGGUGAAGGACCUGCUGUUUAUAAGGCUGAAGUAGACCAUCCAGCUGGUGUAAAUGUCUCAAUCACACCUAAUGAGCUCAGAUUUGAAAAAAAUGGGGAUAAGAUGUCUUUUGUAAUAGGUUUUACCCCUUAUAAGGCCAGUAACGGAGAGUUUGUCUUUGGGGCUUUGACAUGGACUGACGGAAUCCACGUUGUAAGGAGUCCCAUUGGCCUUAACAUACUUUCUGUUUAGGAGGUGUACUUAGUGAAUUGCAAGUCACUUAGCUUGGGACAGUGAUGCCACUUUCUUUUCACCAAAUUGUAGUUAUAAGAAACAAAUGAGUACGGCAUGAAUCAUAGCUCAUACAAUACUGAACACCACUGCAUGCGCGGGCUGCCACUCUGACACAUGUGAUUUUUCCAACAGGUGAAUCAUCUUUUCUACAAAUGUAUUUAUAAUUCAAUAACUAGCUCAUAUGCAUCAAAUGCAGUCUUCAGAACAUAGUAUGAACCAAAAUGUCAUA